AUGGCAUCGGCUGUGUGGGGUGAGGAGAGCUACAAGGGCAAGGUCAUGUUCAUCAUUUCCUUUGGCUGCGCAAAGGCUGCAACCAAUCUCAUUGUUGGUCCACUUGCUGAUUGGUAUGGUCGACGUGUGACUCUCAUUGCAGGUAUGAUCCUUGGUCUUCCUGUUCCCAUCGUCGUUCUCUUCGCUCAAUCGUGGUCGCUCGUCGUCGUCGUCAACGUUCUCUUUGGCGUCUCUCAGGGCCUCAUUGGCUCUUCCCUCAUCUUUAUGAUGGUCGAUGUCUUUGGUCUCUCCGCAAAAGGUACUGCUGUUGGCAUCUCGGAGUGUACCAUUUACUCGUCGGUUGCUACAGUCUCUAUCGCUGCCGCUGCGCUUGCUGACGCCUACGGUUAUCGGCCCAUCCCCUUUCUCAUCGGCGCUCUCGUCGGUGCCAUCGGCCUCGCGGCUUCGUUCCUUGUCACAGACACCAUGGAUCUAGUCGCUGCUCAGCAGGCCGCCGCCACAGGCGCAACUCUAGAUGCUGCUCAUGAUGCUGGCUUUGUCGAGGAGGUGCCCCUGGCCGAGAUGGGCUCCAUCGAUCCCGCUACCUCGGCCGAGACCGGGCUCAUUCCCGUCUCGCACGCCAACGCCAACGCCAACGCCAACGCCAGCGCUAUCGCCUCCUCGCCGACCGUCACCCGUGCCAUUCUCGGCCUCGCCACCAACCGUAACUUCAUCCUGGUGGCUGUCUGCGGGCUGGUGAGCAAGGGCCAGGAUGCCGUCAUCUGGGGCCUCGCCCCCGAGUUCCUCGAGACCCGCCACGGUCUCUCGCUGGCCGCCACCGGCCUCAUCAUUGGCCUCUACACCGGAGCGUGGGGCUUGUCGCAGCUCGCUUUCGGCUCGCUCUCCGACACCUACGGCCGCAAGCUCUUUCUCACUGGCGGCAUGGCCGCCAACACCGUCGCCAUCCUGCUCUUUGUGGCCACCCCCGACCUCACCCCCUGGCUCCCGCUCCGGAUCAUCCUCUGGUCGCUCUCCAUGGUCCUGCUCGGCAUCGGCACCGCCUCAAUCUAUCCGACCAUGCAAGCCGCGGCUGCUGACGAAGUCGAGCCGGCCUGGCGCGGCUCAUCUCUCGGCAUCUACCGCGCCAUUCGCGACUUUGGCCUCGCCGUCGGUGCUCUCUCGGUCUCGUCGGUCGCCGAUGCCGUCGGCCUCGAGUGGUCGUUUGUUGCUCUCGCCGUCGUCGUCGGCUUGGUAGGCGCCAGCAUCGCCUUUGGCUACGUAAACAGAAGCUAA